AUGGACGAGAAAGAAACGUUUGAACCACCGAGGCUUGGAGAAGAGUUAGAACUGAUUAAUCCAUUAGCAACGCCGGAAAUUGACGAGUAUCAAAGGACUUAUGCUCUUCUCGAACCUCGAUACUCCUCAUCAGAGCACUCGAAUACCCCCGACUGCCCCAUAGUCUUCGACAAGCCAAGAGACUUCGAGAACUCGAAAGCACCGCGAACGCUGUCGAGCUACAACGCCAGGAUGUUCAACCUCUCUGAAAACUCCGGCCUCCGCGGCUCGGGUCACUUAAUCCUCAACGUCUUCCGGGCGUUCAAUAUCAUCGGCCUCUUGGCCGUGAGUGCCUCCACUUGGACCAUGAUCGUCAUGUCCAUUCUCAAAGGCAACUUUGCCUUCUUCGAUUCGGCCUCUCGCUUCUUCACUUUCUCCGUCGCCAUUUUCCUUAUCUUUUCCGAGCUCAACAUCUUCCGAGCCUACUUCGAGCGCAAUUGGCCUGUCCUCUCGCCCGAGCAUGGCCUCAGCUGGCUGGGGAUUGCCAUGGUCAUCAUGGGCUGCCACGUUCUCGCGGGUAUCUCAGUACCAGCCUUUUCCGUUGAGACCAUUGGUCUUCCUCUUUGGCGUCUCAUCCUUGCCUCGGGAAUUCUGGUCAUUACCUUUGGUUUCUUCAACAUCGUCUCGUCCAUAGUGUUCCGUGACGGCAGCAACGGCAUCAACGCCCGCAACAUUCGCAGCGAGGGUACUCUUGCCUCCGGCAAAAACUCGUACGCCGACGGGUACUCUGUCAGGAGCAACUCCAUUCGCAACGAGAAGCCGAAUAAUAAGUUCAAACGCCUCACGCAACGUUUCACUCCUUGGAAUAAGAGGAACGACGACGCCAGCCCUCGCCUUAACAUCAGCCAACCCAUCGCUCGCGAUGUUGAACAGGGCCACAACUUAGAGCAGGGCCACGACUCAGAGCCCGAAAGAGACUUUGACGAGGACCGCCGCAGCCCCAUCAUGCCUGAUGUCGCUCGCCCGGCUACUGCGCUGCAUCCCGCCAUGGCCGGUCACCGCCACUACUCCAAGUACAGUUUGGCCAGCAACGUAAGCCGCUUUUAA